UUUCGACUUUUAUGAGACAUUAUAUAGUAGUGAAGUCGUGUAAUUUAAAUUGAUUAUUCUACAAUCUUUGAUAUUAUAACGAAACUUUUCAUUCGAUGCACCUUGAUCGUAAACAAAGACGUUUUUUGUAAUAAUAACAAUGAAUGUGUUGGUUGUAACGUGUAAAUGUGUAUGAGGGGUGGAGUUUUGAACUUGUUAAGGAUCUUAAUGCGAGGGAAGUGCUUCAAGAUGACCGGGGUGAGCAGAGAUGCGCCGAUCGGUAUUCAAUGUUUACAAAAACUUAGCGGUUGGCUAUGUCCGCGGAUGCAAAUCAACAGGUUAAGAUGGUACCAAGCCGCAGUCCUAUUGCUGACAUACUUCACCUAUAUGACAUACCAUCUGACGCGCAAGCCUAUAUCGGUGGUAAAGAGCGUGCUGCAUCAGAACUGCAGCGGACUGGUACCCCCGCCAGGCACUGACACGACAGACGACCAAUGGUGUAAUUGGCCGCCAUUCAACACCAAUGACGCGAACACUCUACUCGGUGCAUUAGACUCUGCUUUCCUAUUUUCAUAUGCGGGGGCCAUGUUUAUUUCUGGCAUGGUGGCGGAACGAGUGGACUUGCGAUACUUCCUGUCUCUGGGCAUGCUGGUUUCCGCCAUCUUCUGCUACCUCUUCGGCCUCGGGAAGACCCUCAGCAUUCACUCCAUUUCAUUCUAUUUGUUGGUGCAGGCAGGAGCUGGCAUAGCACAAACAACAGGGUGGCCGGGAACCGUGGCCACUGUCGGCAAAUGGUUCGGCAAUAGUAAGAAAGGCUUAAUAUUCGGAAUUUGGAACUCCCACACAUCAUUGGGUAACAUAUUAGGUACAGUAAUGGCGGCGGAAUUCGUGGAAGCCGAUUGGGCGUUGUCAUUUAUCUACCCUGCAUUGGGCAUGGGAUUUGUGGGCAUGCUGGUCUGGUUAUUCUUACCAUCGGAACCCAGACACGUUGGUUUGGUGAUAUCACCGCGGCCUGAGUCCAGACAAUCACGAAGGUCUGAAGAUGAAGAGGAGCCAUCUCAAGUUAUUGUCGGAGAUCAGAAACCGCACAAUAACCGCACGUCACCUCCGCAGGCGGCGAGCUUACGUCCCAAUCGCCAUUCAGCAAAUGCACCACCGCCUCAGACUGACGAAGCAGAUGAGAGCACUGCUCUACUGAGGAGACCUUCUCGGGAGGGUGAUGAGAGUGCGGUGUCCCUCUCCCGUGCACUCGCCAUUCCAGGAGUCCUCGAGUUCUCUCUCUCACUCUUCUUCGCGAAGCUCGUCAGUUACACUUUCCUUUAUUGGCUGCCUCUCUACAUCAAUACUUCGACAUCGUUAACACCGAAGCAGUCGGGCGAGCUGUCGACGGCAUUCGAUGUGGGUGGUGUGGUGGGCGCGGUGUUGGCCGGACUGCUGGCGGACUGCGUCGGCUGCCCCGCUCUCGUCUGUGCUGCAUUCUACACCUUCUGUGCACCAGUUUUGCUGGCGUACCAGCGAUGGGGCGCGGUGUCUUACGGUCUGAACGUGGCUCUGCUGGUGCUGGGCGGUGUCCUCGUCAACGGACCCUACGCGCUCAUCACCACCGCCGUCAGCGCAGAUCUAGGUACUCACAGCAGCCUGGCGGGAGAUUCUAAGGCGUUGGCCACAGUGACCGCCAUCAUUGACGGCACAGGCAGCAUCGGCGCGGCGAUCGGGCCGAUGCUAGCUGGUGUGGUGUCCUCCAGCGGCUCCUGGUCACAUGUCUUCUAUAUGCUCAUCUCCUGCGACCUGCUCGCACUCUGUCUACUACUCAGGAUAGUGAAAUCUGAAGUGGUUAAACUACGACAGGAGAGAAGAUUGGCGUCUCCCAGAAUUAUAAGGAUAGAAUAAUAAAUCCAGUAUUACCUUAGUAAAUUGUACACCAGUAUUUGGAAAUUUUUCAAAUUAAAUGCCCUUUGGUGCUAAUAAACAUCU